GUACCGAGGACACUAGUGUCAAAGAAUCCCCUCUCUCUCUCUCUCUCUCUCUCUCUCUCUCUCUCCUCCCUGCCCUUCUUCAUUUUCCUUGUCUAUAUUUUGCAACCUCAUUUUCUUGCAUUGGUGCCUCUCUUCCUCAUCUCUCUCUCCACAUUUGCCCUAGGUCUGAUAAGCCGCUCUCUUGCAGUCUUUUCAGUCCACCUAUGAUAUAACAGAGAGAGAGAGAGAGAGAGAGAGAGGUUCAUCUGUUGCCAUUAAUUUGUUGUUUCUUCUUAUUUCCUUUUCAUUCAUUGAUUUUCUCUCCAUUUUCGAUUCAGAAAUCUAUUUCUACAUCUUAAAUCCUACUUAAAAAUCAAUCCAACAAGCACAAGAACUCUGUUUUGUACUAUUUAUUCCCAUUUCAUCAGAUAAAACAUCCAUAUAGAAAGAGAGUUUUACUUGGAGAGGAAAAUAUUUGUGGGUACUGCAAAUGGCGCCUAGUUUUGAUUGUGCAGCGUCAACCCUCCUAUGUACAGAAGAACACAUCAGCAUGUUUGCUGAUGAGUUUGAAAAUGGGGACAUGAUUGAGGAUUUUGAGCCUGUUUGGCACCAUAGGAACAAUGGGACUAAUAAUCGAAACAAGGAAUUUGAUGGUGAAUCAUGGUUCACUGGGUUGCCAGUUCUUAGUGAUGAGUGCUUGGCUUUAAUGGUGAAAAGGGAAUGUGAGCAUUUGCCUAGAAGAGAUUACUUGAACAGAUUGAGGAAUGGGGAUUUGGAUUUGGGGGCUAGAAGGGAAGCUGUUGAAUGGAUUGGAAAGGUUGUUGCCUAUUUCAAUUUUGGACCUCUGUGUGCAUAUUUGUCAAUAAUAUACUUGGACAGAUUCCUUUCAGUCUAUCAAUUACCUAAGGGCAAAGCUUGGAUGAUGCAAUUGUUGGCUGUGGCUUGUUUAUCCAUUGCAGCCAAAAUGGAGGAGACUGAGGUUCCUUUAAGUCUAGACUUACAGGUGGGUGAGUCUAAAUUUGUGUUUGAAGCCAGAACCAUACAGAGAAUGGAGCUUCUGGUUAUGAGCACAUUAAAGUGGAGAAUGAAAUCAGUCACCCCAUUCUCCUUCAUUGACCAUUUCCUUAGGAAGAUCAAUGGUGAUAAAAUCCCCCUAAGAUCUUCAAUAUUUCUGGCAACCCAACUCAUUUUGAGCACAAUAAAAGGAAUUGACUUCUUACAGUUCAGACCUUCCGAAGUUGCAGCAGCAGUAGCAAUUUCUGUUGCAGGGGAAAGUGAAACAGUAGACACUGAGACAUCAAUUUCUCUCCUCAUUGAGCAUGUAGAAAAGGAGAGAGUGAUCAAAUGUGUUGAGAUGAUUCAAGAGACAUCAUUGAUAAGUGCAACUAUUAAGGGUACAAGUGCUUCGAACCAAUCUGUGCCCCAAAGUCCAAUUGGAGUACUAGAUGCUGCAUGCUUGAGCUAUAAAUCAGAUGACACAACAGUUGGGUCAUGUGCAAAUUCUACUCAUAAUACUCCAGACACUAAGAGGAGGAAGCUAAAUAGACCCUUAGAAGUGGAGAUUUAGUGGGUAUAUGAGGAGUUAUUGGUCAUUUCUCACCCAAACCCAAAUCUUUUUGGUGUUGAAAACAGGGGGAAAAAAAAAGAAGUUGUUUUUUUCUUUAUUAAAGGUAAAAUAGGAAAUGAAAAAUGAAGGAGGUCAAUAAGUUGGGUCAUGAGUGAGGGAUGGAGAAAUGGCAUCACAACAUUUCAUGCUCUUAGCAUGAAGGAAACAGACACCAGCUGUUGGUUGGAAAACAAAACAAAAGGAAAUGAAUGAGAAAUCUGGUUAAUGGAUGAUCGAACUGUGCGGCUACUGACGAUCAAUAGGUAUUGAAAAUCACUAUGCUUAGGAGGCGCUUAGGAGGCUUAGGCAGUUCAGUUUUUGUGGAGGAUUGGGACGUCUCAUUGGUUGGCUUGAUAAAGGAACUAGAGGAAGAAACAGGAGAGGAAGCAUGGGAAUGGUUCAAUGUUCAUGUCUAUUUUUUAUUUGGUUUACUAUUUUUUAGUUUGUUUUGUGAAAAAAUGAUGGAAAAAAGAAACUUUGGAAGUAGGAUUGGAAAAACAUACCAAAGGUAAUAGGAUUUGGGCUUGUUUUUUAUUUUGUGUUUAUAGUUAUGGUAUGCAGAAUGUUUUUUGUUUUUGCAUCUC